CUUCACCUGUAGAUACCUCGGCUUCGUCCUUGGGCUCAUUCUGAUAUUAGCAUUGGGGCUAACGAUCGCCUUCACCGGUACAUCCAGGUCGCGAGACAAGUUCGAGUUAUUCGUGGGCAUAGACACUAAUACCGGACACCAAUUUCUGACAUUCCUCCUCUUAUUCAACAAUAUGAUUCCAAUAUCAUUGUACGUUACCGUGGACAUCGUGAGGUCGAUACAG